GAGCCCCCUGUUGAUUGGAUGUUCGGGGAACGGCGUGUGUUGGACGUCACAGCUGGAGAGGGCAGUCGUUAGUUCCCGAGCUGUUUGUGAUCGCCGUUACCGACCGCAGUAUCGCCACCGGCUCCUCAUUACGUGUCGGUGGCGGAAUCCAGGGGGCUCUGAAGCCCGGUUUGUUUGUCGCAUCUGGCGGCGAUGCCUCAGUGCCGUCGGCUCCUUUCCGGGGCCGUCCCGCAACGCGCCGCCCGGCUGCCUUAGGGUAGUUCUCCAGACCAUCUCCGUUAUUCUUAGCCUGCUGCAUUCCCCGCAGGUGGAGCAAUUUAAAGUCUUUCGUGCAGUUACUUCGGGCUGUUCUAGCUUUAACACAGCUAUCAUGGCUUCAGAUGACCACAGCGUGCCUGCAAUCGAACAUUCCUCCGGCUUACUGGAAAAGAUGUCCUUGCCGAUUGGGAUACACCGCAGGACAUUCAGUUAUGAUGAUGCCUUAGAAGAUUUGUCGCCAAUGACUCCUCCACCUUCUGAUAUGGGAAGCAAUAUUUUGUGGAAACAACCAGUUAUACCUGCGAGGAAAUACCAACAAUUAUCUAUGAUAGAAGAUGGAGAAAACAAUGUUCCAUCUUCGGUAGUUGCUUCAUCAUCGGGUGUAAACCCAAGCAAAGUCCAUGUGGUGAAAGCCAAAGCAACGUCUGUUAUUAUGAAGUCACUUAUGACACAGCAGACACAGGAAAGCAUACAACGGUUUGAGAAGCAGGCAGGUCUAAUGGAUGCUGGUUACCAACCACACAAAGGUCUAGUUGCAGAAGAGGCCAGCUAUCACCGCGUAGGAGAGGCAUUACAGAAAUUCAAAGCCCAGAGUGUGGACCAAAGUAAAGACGAUAAGUCGAUAUCGUCCUCUCAGUCAACUCCUUGUGGAUCUCCACAGUCUUCGCCAAUGCCAAAUCGCAGGUCUUUGUUUGGUCAUGGAACAUCUUCUGAUUUGAGCAGUAAAAGUCUAGAAGGAGAUUCCACCACAUCAGUUAGUGAAACAGCCACCACUGAAAAAUGGAGGCCUUUUAUGCGUUCACAAAAUUACAGAGGAAUUGAGCAAGGUACUUUUGCCAUGCAGAAAUAUAAAGGCAUGCAAAAACCUUCACCUAUGGAAAUCAUGCGUACUCAGGGGACUGUUGCCAAAAUUGCAGAAGAUCAUGCAAAUUUAAACCCACCCAAAAUGGAUCUAACCAUACUAGAAAGGCAAAAACAUUCUGUUCGCAGUCAUCAAGUAGAAUGCAGAGAUCUAAAUGUUAUAGCUCCAACUGGAUUUUAAUAUAAAUUGCAUAAAUGUGUUUGCCCUUAAUUCAAAUGUAUUAUGAUAUUAACUUGCUGCUCAUCUUAUGAAAUUUCAUUUUGUUGUAUCUAACUGCAUCAUGUAGAGAUUUUAUUUUUACACUAGGAGGAGAGAGAUUUGGAAGGGAAAAGGAAUUUGAAUUCCGUUGUAGAAUUAAACCCAGUAUGGAAAAACUUGAAUCCCACAAAUGCUAAUUUGCACCAAUAAGGAUAUACUGAAAAUUUCUUUAAUGUUUCCAGUCGCUAAUGGAAAGAAACUUAAAUUAAUGGACUAUCAAAGCCAGAGAUUUUUGGUUAUCCGAAUUAUAGUUAGUAAUUUUAAAGAAUUACAACAUAAUGCACUUCAAUUUGUGUAAAGUGUGUGUGUGUGAGAGAGAGAGAGACUAGAAGGAUAUGUGUUUACUAGUAAAGUUGCCUGUGCUGUCUGUAUCUGUUUAAAUAAACAUGGACAUAAUUUUUUGACUUA